AUGCAACAGCCAUCAUCCCGGCAGCGGGUGUCUCUAGCCUGUACAACGUGCCGGGCCAGAAGAACUCGAUGCGAUGGGCAGCUUCCAGAGUGCGGGACCUGCCUCCGAACGGGCCGGCAAUGCGAGUAUGUGCAUGAUGCAGAACGGAGGAAGCCGCCGAGUAAACGCUACAUCGAAGCCCUCCAUUCACGCAUAGAGUCUCUGGAACGCCAGCUGCAGCAAUGCCAUCAGGAGACUGUUGAUGGGGUCAAGUCUUCAGCGAGAGCGUCACGGAAUCCGAUCAAUCCUUCAGCGGGAGCGUCACAGAAUCCAGUCAAUCCUCCAAGGGACCCGGUCGACGAUCUGACUGACAUCUAUGGCCGCCUCGACGUCGCCGAAGAUGGCCAUCUGCGUUACUUUGGGGCCUCGAGCUAUUUCAACAUGUUGAGACGCCCCCCAUACGAUGGCGACACCACUGCACGCGGCCAUCUCCCUAUGCUGAGUCCUUCCCCGGCCUUGUCCUCCUUCCCUGCCCCGACUCAAGUGGACAUCCCCCGCGAGGUCCAAGACCAUCUCCUGGACCUCUACUGGACAUGGCAGAAUCCCUGGCAGUAUCUGGUCCACAAAGAUGCGUUCUGCAGAGCCCUGGAGCAAGGCCGGCAUGACGAGUACUGUACUCCACUGCUCCUCCACUCCGUGCUGGCGUUGGCAGCGCGAUACUCGGACGACAUCUCGCUCCGCACAGAUCCGGCGGAUGCCAACACGGCCGGCGAUCGGCUGCAGUGGACGGCCAAAUCCAUCUUGCAGUCUGAAGUCGAGCAUCCGACGGUGUCGACCGUGGUUUCUGUUGCCAUCCUGGCCCUCCGGGAGAUGUCUACGAAUCGAGAAGCCAUCGGGUGGACUUAUAUAGGGAUCGCAGUCCGCAUUGCAUACAAUCUCGGGCUCCAUCUGGACUGCACGCCAUGGCGGAAUCAAAACCAAAUCAGUGAAGAACAGGCGGAAAUCAGAAGAAUCGCUUGGUGGGGGUGUUAUCUGCUAGACAAGCUGUUCAACAUCGGGCUUGGAAGACCGAGCAUGAUUAAAGAAUGGGACAUCACCGCCCUGAAGCCAUCCCUGCUGCGAACCGUCGAGUACUGUCCGUGGCAAGUCCCUGGCAAUGGGGUGAACAUCGCCAUCCCCGUGUCGCGCAGUAUCAGUAAUAUGCAUUACAUGUGCGAGAUCUUCCAGAUCGUUUCCAACGCUCUGGAUCAAAUUUACGCCCCCAAUAGUCGUCUCAGUCUCGUGGAAAAGGAGGAUUUGGCCAGCAAAACCUAUCUUGAACUGGAGACGCUGUACAAGAACCUGCCCAGUUUCUUGAAGCUGCCACGCUCGGCUCAGAAUCCUCGCCCAGCCCAUACCUAUUCACUGCAUCUUCAAUACCAUACGGUGACGAUUCUGCUCCAUCGGCCAUUCUUACGCAGACGACAGGAACUUUCUCCCCUGUCUGAGCUUCUUGCAUCGACCGAUCUCACUCAUAAUCAGAUCUGCACCGCCUCUGCGGAGGCCAUUUCCUCCAUAAUGAAGGCCUAUCGAACCCACUACACGCUGAGACGCAUCCCCAUCUCAACCGUCCACGCCGUCGGGACCGGGUCCGUCGUCCAUCUCCUCGACGCCACCUCUCGAGACCCUCUCAGGAGCCCGACGGCAAUCCGACUGUUGAAAUUCAACAUGACCUGCCUCAAGGAGAUGAGUACCGCAUGGACAUGGGGGCUACGGGCAAUUCGAUCCCUCCAGAUCCUAGCUGAGGGAUGGGCAGUGAAUGAGAAGCUGUUCCUGCACGCACCGAGGGAUGAUCCUAAACACUCCAGCCAGACCCAGGACAGCAUUCAACAGAGUAAUGAGGUGGCGCCAGGCUGGUGGGAGGGCUCUCCCGCAAAUAAUAUCAACUGGCUACUAGAUUUUGAUAGCGGGCUGGAUCAUGAACCGGCAGACAUGUUUGAUUUCAAUAACGGCGUUUGGGCUAUAUUCUCUUGA